AUGCCUCUGGAAAUCUACAUCGCCCGCGGCCCCCAGCACUGGGUCCUCAUCACCCGCAUCCCCAAAGCCCCCGAAUGCACCUGGUACCACUGCACCGGCGGGCCCAGCCAACAAACGCCCUACGAGCGCAAGGUCCAGGGCGGGAUCGCGUUCGCGUUCGCGUUCGAGUCCUCCCGCAGCCUGCAUGUCUGCGAGUACGUCACGACCAUCGAAACCAAGGACUUCGAUGCCUUCCACGACGCCGCCGCAGAUGGCGCGGCUCUGGGUCGUGCCGCGUGCUGGAGAGACUCGAGCUCCCCGGUGGGCUCCUGCCUGCGGGGACGGCGCGGUAUUAUUUCGAGUCGCAGGCUAUGGGGGUGUCCGUUUGAACGGGAGUAUGAUGAGUCGUUUGAUUUUGAUUGUGCUGGGUAA